AUGGCUACUAUUACUGAGCCUCAAAAGGUCACCCUCAAUGGCUAUGUAGGGUUUGAUAGUAUUACUCGACAAAUUGAAAAGAAGUUACUUAAACGUGGUUUCCAAUUCAACAUUAUUGUAGUUGGACAAACUGGACUCGGUAAAUCAACUCUUAUCAAUACUAUUUUUGCUGCACAUUUAAUCGAUAGCAAAGGACGUACUAGCGCUGAAGAACCUUUUAGACAAACCACCGAGAUUCAAGCAGUAUCACAUUUAAUUGAAGAAAAUGGGAUUCGCUUAAGAUUGAAUAUAGUUGACACUCCCGGAUAUGGCGAUCAAGUCAACAAUGAUAAUUGUUGGGAACCAAUCAUUAAAUAUGUUAAAGAUCAACACAGUGCUUACUUACGUAAAGAGCUUACUGCUACACGCGAAAGAUACAUUCAAGAUACCAGAAUUCACUGUUGCUUGUUCUUUAUUGCACCAACUGGUCAUGCACUUAAACCAAUUGAUAUUGUGGUACUUAAAAAACUUUCUGAAGUUGUGAACGUAGUUCCUGUUAUUGCAAAGUCGGAUUCUCUUACAAUGGAGGAACGUGUUGCCUUCAAAGAAAGAAUAAAAUCAGAAUUGGCUUUCAAUAACAUUAAAUUGUAUCCAUAUGACAGUGACGAACUUGAUGUUAAUGAGAAAGCACUCAAUGAACGUAUCAAGCAAACAAUUCCAUUUGCAGUCGUUGGUUCCGAGAAAAAUGUUAUAAUUGAUGGCAAAUCUGUUCAUGGACGUAAAAAUAGAUGGGGUGUUAUUAAUGUCGAAGAUGAAAAUCAUUGUGAAUUUGUUCAUCUUAGAGAUUUCCUUACAAGAACUCAUCUUCAAGAUCUUAUUGAAACUACUGCCCAAAUUCACUACGAGUCAUUCCGUUCUAAACAAUUGUUGGCUUUGAAGGAAUCUAGUUCUAAACAUAAUGAACAACAAUCAUUAUCAUCACACUCUACACAAUUAUGA